AUGGCCUCCAACCCUCCUGGACAAUGCUGCCUCGUUGGCGUCAAGCACGAGGGCACCCCUCAGGGCAAGAAGAUCACAGUCGCGGGCAAGUAUGAGGGCUACCUCGCUGAGGCUCCCGCCGACAAGGCCCACAAGAGCACCGGCAUCCUCUAUAUCGCCGACGUCUUUGGAAUCUGGACCAACUCUCAGCUCCAGGCCGACCAGUUCGCCGCCAACGGUUACACCACCCUGAUCGUCGACCUCUUCAACAAGGACCAGCUCAGCAUGCCGCUCCUCGAGGGCUUGGACAUCGGCAAGUGGAUCGCCGAGGGUAGCGAUGGCAAGAACCCGCACACCAAGGAGGCCGUCGACCCCAUAAUUGUCGACUCCAUCAAGUACAUGCAUAACGAGCUCGGCCUGACCAACAUCGGCGCCGUCGGUUACUGCUUCGGCGCCAAGUUCGUCGUUCGCCAUUUCAAGGACGGCAUUAAGGUCGGCUACCUCGCUCACCCCAGCUUCGUCGAGGAGGAGGAGCUCGCCGCCAUCACCGGUCCCCUCUCGAUCGCUGCUGCCGAGACCGACUCCAUCUUCCCCACCGAGAAGCGCCACAAGUCCGAAGAGAUCCUGCAGAAGACGGGCCUUCCCUACCAGAUCAACCUCUACUCUGGCGUCGAGCACGGCUUCGCCGUCCGCUGCGACCUGAGCAAGAAGGUGCAGAAGUACGCCAAGGAGAACGCUUUUCUCCAGGCCGUCACUUGGUUUAACGAGCACCUCUUGUGA